GGUCGCGAUUGCCAGGGCCAAUUAUAGUGGCGGGACCCACGCCCGCCAGCGCCCGUCCUUGAAAAGGUCGAGACAGACGUGCCCAUUCUCCCCUCCCUCCUCGACGUCACCUCCCGCUGCCCUUGAUCCUUACACACAUCACCUACCUACAGUGUCCGAAAAUCAUCCCCGUCCGUCAUGCAGACACCUCCUUCUUCCACUGCCCAAGUCCAUUUUUCCAGCGAUGUCCGUAACAUGGACAGCUGGGCACGUCGCACGGGCAUCCCUCUCACCACUGCGGACGCAUUAGGUACUACCUAUGCCCGCGCUCACAAGUGGCUGCUUGCCUUGAAAAACCAGCUUGUCCAACAGCAUGGCUGGCAGGACACGGAGCCUGCUGACCCCCGCAUGCUCUUCACUAUAGAGGCGCCCUCCCCCUGGCGCUCUCCGAGCGGCCUUCCUCUUAGCCCCAAGCAGAGACUCCAGCUCCCUAUGCAUGCUUCUUCCUUCUUCUCCCCUGAGAGGCGCGUUCAGUGGCAGAUGGUCUUUCACUCCGAUAUUUUUGCUACUCAGCGUCUCAUCGUACCGCCUAUAAGCGACAUCCUGAACCUCAUACAAUGUCUCCUCACGGGGCUUGUAACGCUCGUAUACGAGGAACAGCUUCCUCAGGGCGUUUACACGACUACCCGCGGAUUACCAUCCGCGCAAUGGGUUGACGCCAACCAGACCGCCCUGCUGGAGAUUUUUGGCCGAAAUCACUUCAAACAGCUUUGGAAAGCCUCGAGCGACCGUGCCACCUCGUUCAAAGUCGACUUUGAACCUCGGCGCCGCUGAGGCACACUCUUGCCCUUACCCAAGUGCCAGGGUUGUGGACCUGUCUUAGCUAUGACGCUUCGCUAAUCCUAAAAGCGCAACCACCCCCACACGCCCCAUCAUUCACUUCCCACCGCCCUGCGCACCCUUGCCGUCCGCACGCC